GAACCACUUUGUCUGUGGCUUGCAGCAGUGUGAUCAUAGCAUGCUUUACAGAACUUGGAGUUUUUAGGAUAACCUUACGGGACCUUUUUGUUUUUACAGUUAGAUGAAGUAGGAUAUUGGCACAGGCGCACAAUUGUUUUACCAAUUAAAGUCAUGUGUCUUACCUGAGCAUCACCUGCGGCACUGAAUAGAAGUCAACAUUGUUAUGCAGGUCCCAAUGAAGACCAUGUUUUUAAUGUUUGCCGUUUGCCUGAUUGCAGUCCUCUGGAGGGACACGUUUGAUCCAGAGUCUGUUCGUUGUGCCAGGGUGCUGGUGACUGGGGCCAGCACAGGCAUUGGAGAACAGGUGGCAUACCACUAUGCCAAGAUGGGCGCCCAGGUCGUCAUCACAGCCAGGAGGGAGUACGCCUUACAGAAGGUGGCAGCGAACUGCACACGCCUGGGGGCCCAGAAGGCUCUGUAUGUGACAGGGGACAUGUCCCAGUCCUCAGACCCAGAGAGAGUGGUGAGGAUGGCUGUCAAACAACUGGGAGGUCUUGACAUCCUGGUUCUAAAUCACAUUGGAUCCACCCCAUUCGCCAUGUGGAACGGAGAUGGGGAUCACGUCAGGGAACUGAUGCAGUUGAAUUUCCUCAGCUAUGUGAACAUGGCUUCAGCAGCUUUGCCAGUACUGGAGCAGAGUGCAGGGUCUAUGAUCGUAGUGUCAUCUCUGUUGGGUAAGAUAACCACUCCUUUUGUGGGGCCCUACGCGGCCACCAAGUUUGCAGUGAAUGGUUUCUUUGGUUCCAUGCAGCAUGAGCUAGCCAUGCAGCGCAGCAAUGUGUCUCUGACCAUCACCACACUGGGCCUGAUAGACACAGACUCUGCCAUGGACAAAAUCAGAGGAUAUACCAACAUGACAGCCUACCCAGCCAGCGAUGCUGCCCUCCACAUCAUCAAGGCCGGGGCCACCCACCAGAAGGAGUCAUUUUACCCUGGAUACAUCUACUUCGCCUGCUUGUGCAGAGACUGGUUCCCCUUCUUCAGAGACAUCAUCAUCCAGAACUCCUACACAUACUGAAGGAGCCAACAUACCCCUAGUUAAGGAAGUACCUAAACCUACAGGAACGUGUGUGUCCUCAGGCCAAGAAUAGCAAAGCACCCUUUACUGGCUCAGCUGCCUUACCAACCUUUGAGUAAACAAAUGAACAACAGAUUUUCAGCACAGUUAUAGGGAAGGGCAUUCAACAUGUACGGACGGCACUUACACAAAUUACUGAUGAUUGGAUGAGAUACAUUUAUAAUAAAAAGAUUGUGGGAGCUGUUUUGUUAGACUUCAGUGCAGCUUUUGACAUUAUUGAUCAUAAUGUGCUGCUUUACAUCCCCUGCUAUGUCUAACAGAACACAGAGGGUGUUCUUUAAUGGAAGCCUCUCCAACAUAAUCAAGGUAGAGUCAGGCAUUUCCCAGGGCAGCUGUCUAGACCCCUUUACUGUUUUCAAUCUUUACUAAUGACCUGCUACUGGCUCGGAGUAAAGCCAGUGUGUCUAUGUAUAUUGAUGACUCCACACAUCAGCUUCCUUCCACAGCAACACUUAACUAAGAGCUGCAGUCGGGUUCAGAAUGGGUGUCAAGAAACAAGUUAGUCCUAAAUAUUUCAAAAACGAAAAGCAUUGUUAUUGGGACAAAUCAAUCACUAAACCUUAAUCCUCAACUAAAUCUUGUAAUGAAUAAUGUGAAAAUUGAGCAAGUUGAGGACAUAACCCUGGAUUGUAAACUGUCCUGGUCAAAACAUAUUGAUGCAACAGUAGCUACGAUGGGGAGAGGUCUGUCCAUAUUAAAGUGCUGCUCUGCCUUCUUAACAAUGCUAUCAACAAGGCAGGUCCUACAGGCCCUAGUUUUGUCGAACCUGGACUACUGUUCAGUCGUGUGGUCGGGUAACACAAAGAACGACUUAAGAAAAUUACAAUUGGCUCAGAACAGGGCAGCAUGGCUGGCCCUUAAAUGUACACGGGGAGCUAUGUGGUAUAUAUGUGGUAGUAGAGUAGUGGCCUGAGGGCACACACUUCAUGUAUUGUGAAAUAUGUUGUGAAAUGUAAUGUUUUUUUAAUUGUAUAUAACUGCCUUCAUUUUGCUGGACUCCAGCAUGAGUAGCUGCUGCAGGAACUAAUGGGGAUCCAUAAUAAAUCCAAAUAUAUAGUACACAGAGCGGGCAUGGUUAUGUUAGGGGACAGUUGUUCAGGAUAAGAUAGAAAUACUGUAUAGUAGGGUGUUCACCUACUCCGGCACAGAUUGGGUGAACACGCGCUUGGUGUUGAUGACAUUUCACUUCCUUAUUGUAUAAAAUACAUUUUACCAAGACAGAUAUGAUUCUGUUCUGGGUCUCUAAAGAAUGCUAAUUUAACCAUUCUCCUAUUUGUUUAAAAUGUAGUGGUACAUUACAUUUGUUGUACAGUGGUAAAUAUGAAAAUAAAAGCUUCAAAAUGAAA